CCCGUGCGACGCGACGCGGCAGGACCUGGGCAGGACGCUGGAUUCUAUCUGAGUGGCGUGGCACGGCGCGGCGUGCGGCAGGACCAACCAGGACCGCGGUCGGCAGCGAGGCGCGCUCGUAUUGUAGACCAGUCUACUCCCGCUUCGGCUUCGGCACCGACACACCGGCACACCGGCGUGGACUUCGCAGUGCAGGCCCGGGCCGGACUUCAGCGGCAACAUGGCGAGGAUCGAAUUGCUGGCGCUGCUGGUGGCGGCGGUGACCGUCUUGGCGGCCAAGGCCUCGGACGUGGCCCCGGACGCGGCCUCGGACCCGGCCGCGGUGCAGCCCGCCGGCGAGGAGCUGACGCUGGAGAAGGCCGCCCGCGCCAAGAAGGACGCAGGGUACCCCUACGGAGGGACCAGCUACAACGGCUACUCCUACAACAGGGGCUACAGCGCGUACCCGACAGCCCCGGGGUACAACGGCUAUAACACCGGGUACAACACCGGGUACAACACCGGCUACAACCAGGACUGGGCGCGAACGUACAACCAGUACGACCCGCGCUACCAGUACCAGCAGCCAGGCUUCUACCCCACGGCCGCCGGCGCGGUCGACCCGAGGUACAACUACUACAACCGCGCCGGCUACAACACGGCCGGCUACCCCGGGUACUCUGGGUACGGCGGGUACGACGCGCGGACCACCGGGUACGGAGGGUACUCGGCGGGCUACGGCGGCUCCAGGUACCCCUACGAGGACCGGUUCUACAGCAACUACCCGUACAACAGCAACUACAACCGGUACCCCAACGACUACAACAGACGGACCAACUACGACAGCCGGUACGGCGGCUACCCGGGGGCCUACCCCGGCUACCAAGGCUACGGCGGCUACAACAACUACAACAACGGGUACAACUACAACAGCGGCUACGGCAGCUACCCCAACUACCCCGUCACGCAGGAGUACUACUACACCCCGGCCGCCAGCAACAACGUGUACAGCACGGGCUACAACAGCCGCUACCUCAAGAAGCGCGACGGCAAGGACCCCGCCGUCGCCGCCUCCGCCGAGGCCCCAGUGGCGGGCUCGGGGCCCACCCCCAGCACGCCAGUGGCGUAGCCGGGCGGAGCUACUCCACACUGCCAGCUCUUGCGCCUUUUCUACUUUUGUAUGUUCUCGACGGCAUUAAACUUGUACUAAC